CCAACCUCCUCGCUUCUUCACACGGACCAAUCCCGGGAGAAAUGGAGUGGACAGAAUGGCACGAGGUACAGGGUUGAAACGUCGCUCUCUAUUUGCCGAUGAGGCAGAAGAUAGUCCUAGACAACAGAGAAGGAAGUUUGUCGCAUGCCAGCGAUGCCACGCCCAUAAGAUCAAAUGUUCCGGUGAUCAGCCUUGCAGCAAAUGCCGUGCAGUGGGUUGCGCGGACGAAUGCGCCUACUCUUCUAGAGAUCGUCAAGUUAAAGUCAGCGAGAACUACUUAGAUCAGCUCCUAGCGGAGAAUCGGCGCUUAAAGGAGCAAUCGGUAACCUCGGCCGACGCCACCGAAGCCAGCGGCCGGCCUCAUACUGAACGGGCCCUUUCUCGGCAUGCAGAUGCUACCGAUGCACCUGACACUACUAGUAUCCAGAACCCCAUCAUUGGUGAGCGAGCAUGGUUCCAUCGCUAUGAUUCAUCUUCGCCGCCCAUUUAUAUCGGCGAAGCGGCUUGCUCUGCCUUUGCGACUCGCUUUCGCCGCUUCCUCACUGGGAAUAAUGCGACUGCACAUAUUACACGCACACAGUGGGAGCGAGAAGAAGUCAUUGCCGCGGCAGCUAACGAAGCGAACGCCCAAUGGCCAAGCUUACAUCACGCCCGACUUCUAGUCCGAAUUGCAAUCAACCAAAUCGGACAUUUGUAUCACUUGAUGAUGCGCAAGACCACUCUGGACAAGCUGGAGGAGGUCUACCAGACAGGAAGUUUCGACUGCGUGUCGAAUAAGUGCAAGUUCUUCGCGCUGUUUGCAUUCGGUCAGGCCUAUUCUGUUCGAUCUGACCCUACCACCGGAUCACGAGUCCCCGGCACAGCAUAUUUCGCGCGUGCCAUGAGCUUAGUUCAAGUCCUGCCAGAGAGGACUAGUAUCACUCACCUUGAAACAUUGCUUCUACUAUCCUUAUUCUCCUACUACCUCAAUCGACGACACUCAGCCUAUGUACUGAUUGGAAAUGCCAUGCGCAUGGGCUUGACAAUCGGUCUAAACCAUAAUAUCCCCGAAUCGCAACUCAUCGACCCCGUGGAACGCCAACACCGCAUCGAGAUCUGGUGGACAAUUUACAUCUUCGACCGCAUGUGGGGAUCCAAAAUGGGUCUCCCCAUGCAGAUUCUCGACGAAGAUAUCCACGUCGACAUGCCUACAACUAUCUCUCCAAAUUGGCGGCAUGAAGAAGAACUCUCCGACACGGACUAUAUGACUGCAAACAUUAAACUCGCCAGGAUAGCGGGCGAAACAAUUGCCCGGUUGUAUAGCAGACGCAAGUACCAGGAGACAUUCCUCCAGCGCGUGCAGAAACUCCUGAAAGCACUGAAAAACUGGGUUGAUACGCUACCAGAAGGUCUGCGAUUAAACAUGGAAGAUCUUGAAUCUAGCAAGAAACCCGUUGUUUCCUUACACAUGGCAUUUAACCAGUGUGUCAUCCUCACAACGAGACCUACACUACUACACCUCCUCAUAACUCUUCGCAAAAAUAACGGUUCAAGGCCCCUCGGAGAAAAUAUCCGAGAUUCAGUUUCUCAGCCCGUCCUCACACUCAGCGAAGCUUGUAUCCACGCCGCACGUCACUCCCACUCGAUGAUUCUAACUCGCUGGAUCAACGGAACCUGUCCUUCUUUCGGCUACUUCCACGCACACUACCUCUUCUCCUCCGCACUGAUUCUAGCCAUGUCUAGUUUCGUGCCUAUUGGAAAUCCAAGUGACAUGAGCGGCUUCGACUCCGCACUAGACGUGCUGCGUUCAAUGUCCGAAAAUGGCAACCUUGCCGCCGCGGAGUUCUACCACAAUCUGGAGCAAGUGAAAGUUUGUCUCGACGCAUAUCGCGGCGCAAGUCGACCACAAAAAAGCGAAUCAGGCCCGGAAGUCAACGUAGAGAUGACUGAUUCCCCUGCGGCAGCCGCACUGAGACCAAUAUCCGGUCUGGCUUCGACACUGGCACCCUCUUCUACGGCGCAUAUGCCGGGGAUUUCAUCUGAGGCAUCAGUUGCGCCCUUGUUACCUGCAGACGGCGAUUUGUUGGCUGGCCAGCCGUCUCACGGGCCUGAUGCAUAUGUUCUGCCAGCGCGGGACGCUGUCAACGGAUAUACCACGGAGAUGGCGUUUCUGGAGCCGACGAUGCAGGAUUUUUUGGCCCAGUCAGAUAUUGAUUUGGGCCUGCUACACCCAGUGGAUACAUUUCUUAGCGAGGCGGAGAAUUUGUAUACUUGUCAUGAGCUAUAGCAAUAAUGCAUUUUUUUUAAAACUUCAACAA